UUUUUAGCAGUUACAGAUGGACUCUAGUCUCAGAGAAAGCUCAGAUAUCCCAUUCAAAAUCGCUAGUAACCUAAAUACAUACCAGAGCGACACUGAUGAAGAGAAAUCUAAAUAGCUGCCUUUCAAAAGGAACACUCACUACUAAUAGUGACUGAAGUUGGACUAAGGAGUGAUUGGAGAAAGACUGAGAUUAUAGCUUGGAAAAUACCCCUACAGGUACCAUGAAGCUUGAUUUCAGCCAAAAGUCUGGACAUAUGAACGAUAGGCAAAAAUUAUGCACAAAAGUAGCCCACCUUGUUAAUAAAUCUAAGAAGAAUUCCAGGGAUUUUGAUGCGAUGAAGAUUUCUGAAGCUCAGAAGGUGAUUAUUAACAAAUAUAAUGAUACUCUGGGAAGAAACCCUAUUGAAGAACACACUGACACAAAAUUUGGACAAAUCUCCUCUAUAAAACAAGGACUAGAAAGGACAACUAGGAAUUUAGCCCAGAACAAGAGCGAGAGAUCAUUCAUUGUCAGCCCUCAGUUAAACUCUAUUCGGAAGAAAUAAGUACAAAUCAAAACUAGGGAUUAGUAAGUACAAAGCAGGAACACCAAACAGUGAGGAUAAGUUCAAAUCUGUAGGGAUUUUCUGCCAAACUAACUUUAUCAACAAGGAGAAUUUCUCUACGAUGAGACGAAUCAGGAAGAACCUUUUCAAGGAUGAUGCUAAAUUACUAAAGAAGCAGAAUUUAUCACAAGGACAAAUAGUCAAGUUUAAUAUAGUCGAUCCCUCUAAUAAGCAACCAAGCGUUUAUAAGCUAAAUCAGAGCAGUAUCGAUAGUUGAGAUUCUGAAGGCCUCGAUUCAGCCUUUGAUAGGAACAACUUCAAUCGACCCAGCAUGAGCUCCUUUAGAGAAAACGAGAUUUGUGAGAAGAAAGAAAACCAUACUGUAGGAAUUGAUAUGAACAGAAGUCUCAGGAAGAAAUCACCUAAGGAGUGAAGUAGCUUUAUGGCCUCAAUAAGGAGCGCUAAGUUUUUACCUCCUAAGGAGGAGAAUUAUGAGAGCAUUGAGAGUAUCUACCUAAAUGAGAAUUCAGGAAAAGUGAACCCUCAGGGUUAUGCUUUUGAUACUAUACUUCCCAAGCAGGGAUUAAGCAAGUACCAAAGUGUCUGAAAUACCAAUACAAACCUACAAACAGAGAUUAUUUGAAAAGAGGUCCCUGAUCUCAUCGACCUUAGUUGAAAAAUGGUCGAUGCAAAGGAGUAUGACAAGCUCAAGGAGGAAAAUGAGAGACUUAAGGAAGAAAUCGAGAGACUUAAGGAGGAGAAAGAGGAAAUCAAGCUUCAGAGAGACUUAAAUUAUAAACUAUUUAUGAAAGCUCAGAAGAAAAUUUCUUAAUAAACUAUUCAAAUAUAAUUGAUUUAUUUUCUUCAAGAAUCUCUCUUGGCACUUUCUGGAAUCUUGCUGCUUCAGGGUUAAAUUCAGGCGUCUCAAUGAAUUGGAGGAAAAGAUUCGCAAGUCUUUUUCUGAGCCCUUCUAAACUUGCUUCACUUCUUCCUCUAUUGAGCAUGUCUGCUUCUCUAUCUAUCAAGUCGACAAUAUCUCUUGUGAGAGCUCAGUCAAAUUCUCUAACUGUCCAUUUGGUAUGAAGCAACACAUCCAGUCUUUCAUCUAUACUCAGGUAGGGUAAUUUCAGACCAUUAUAGAGGUCCAUGAGUUCUUUAGCUCUUGUCGUGAAAGGAGUGUGAACUUCAGUCAUUCUCUCAUCACUUCUCUUCCAAUGCUUAGGAUCGCUCAUGGCUUUAAGGAACUUGUUAAUCUUUUCCUCUUUGUUUGAUACAUUGGCUGUAAUUUUGAGUCUGUCAAUCUGUUGUAAAAUCUUAGUCUCUUUAUACAGAAGUUGCUGUAAAGCAAGCUUUUUCUCUUCCUCCUUCAGCUCAGUAGAUGCUUUGAUUUUCUUGGUUUCUCCAAGUCUCCAGGUUUCAAGUUCUUCAUAGAGAAUUUCGAAGUCCUUCUCCUUUUUAGGAUGCAUUCUUCUCUCGAUUUCCUGCUUGUGGUUUUCUUCUUCCUUCUUUCUAAAUUCUUCUUGCUUUCUUAAUAACUCAAGGUCACUGUCAUUUCUUUUCUUUCUGAGUUCAGCUGCUUUUCUUCUAGCGAACCAUCCUCUGAUCAUGCACUGGAUGUAGAGGGUUCUGUCCCAUCUAAGCUUCUUCCAUUGGUCAGAUGAAAAGUAAGGCUUUGGCUUGAUUACUUUGUCCUUCCUGGCAUCGAUGAAGAUGCCGGGCUUCUCCAUCUGGGUUCCGAAUUCUCUCAUCAUCACUGAACUUUUAGUGUCAUAUUGAUAUGUUUGAACCUCUCUUGUCAAUUUCUGUGGAUGAUAAGUUGAUUGCUGAUCAGUCUGUGUGAAAGCAUGAUAGUACUUAAUCUCAUUCCUCCUGUUAAGGAGCCCGCCGAUAUAGGGUUUUUCCUUCUGAGCCUUUUCAACUUCAACAGUAACCAUCUUGAUCUGAUUGUCUGCGAGCUUAAUCUCCACGUCGAAUACUCCUGGCAUUACAAAUUCUUCAGUAUCAAUAGAGUCAAAGAAGUGCUUUUGCUUGCCUUCGAUGUCUUUUUCUUCUUCAUCAUUCAUUUGGCGAUACCCAUCUUGCUCAUCUUCCUCACCUGGAGAUCUUUCAUCUGGAGAACCCAUGGGAUGUUCGGGACCUGGAGUUUCCUCCAUGUCGCCUUCCAUAUUACCCUCCAUAUUGUGAGUUGGAUCCUGUUCAGGAGAAUCAACCGGAGGUUGAUCCUCAUGAUGCUGAUCUUCAUCUUCAACAGGUGGGUUGUCAUCCUCCUGCUGGCCAUCAUCGUUACCGUCAGGUUGGUCAUCAGCGCUUUCAGCUUCUUCUGGAUCUUCUCUUUCCUGAGACUUGAUUUCUUCUUCCUUCUGGCUCAUUU